AUGAAUUUCCAUUUCCCUAGUUCUGCUGAUCUCAAACAUCCUUCUUCAGCUGAUAUGAAGGCUCUGAUUCUUGUCGGAGGCUAUGGAACCCGACUCCGGCCGUUGACACUGACACAGCCGAAGCCUCUGGUGGAGUUCGCGAACAAACCGAUGAUGCUCCACCAAAUUGAAGCCCUCGCUAAAGUCGGAGUGACGAGUGUCGUGCUUGCUGUCAGCUAUCGUCCUGAGCAGUUGGAACAAGAAAUGAAGGUGCAUGCGGAGAGACUCGGAAUUCAGGUCCACUUCUCGCUGGAAGAAGAGCCUCUAGGAACUGCCGGACCACUUGCUCUUGCUAGGCAAUAUUUGGAUGGUGACGAGCCAUUUUUUGUCCUUAACUCUGAUGUUAUUUGUUUAUUCCCAUUCAAAGAAAUGAUUGAUUUUCACCUAUCGCAUGGCGGCGAAGGGACUAUUGCUGUUACACAGGUUGAAGAGCCCUCAAAGUAUGGUGUCGUGGUAUUUGACGAGCACAAUGGCAUGAUUGCUGAGUUCGUAGAAAAACCUCAGGAAUAUGUUGGCAAUAAGAUUAAUGCUGGUCUUUACAUAUUCAAUCCAUCAGUGCUUGAUCGGAUUUCCGUGCGUCCGACAAGCAUUGAGAAAGAGAUUUUCCCACGGAUGGCGGAAUGUGGUACUCUUUUUGCUUUUGUCCUUUCUGGGUUCUGGAUGGACGUCGGGCAACCGAAGGACUUCUUAAAAGGGAUGUCGUUGUUCCUGGAUCACAAGAGAACGACAGAACCUUCAAUGUUAGCGAAGGGUGAAUCAAUCCAAGGAAAUGUUUUGAUAGAUGCUUCUGCCAAGAUUGGGAAUAACUGCCGAAUUGGUCCUAACGUGGUAAUCGGACCAAGGGUGCUCGUCGAGGAUGGUGUUUGUUUACGUCAUAGUACAGUCCUAUCCGAUUCUGUUAUUCGAACUCAUUCGUGGAUAAAUCAAAGUAUAAUCGGACGAAAAUGUUCAAUCGGGCGAUGGGUUCGCAUCGAAAACAACAGCGUUAUAGGAGAUGAUGUUGUUGUUCACGACGAACUUUACCUUAACGGCGCGCAGGUUUUGCCUCAUAAGUCAAUUGCCAGCAAUGUUCCUGAGCCACAUAUUAUAAUGUGA